AUGGGGUUAUACACAAAGCUGGCGGAAGAUAUACAGGAAGUGGAUGUAAUCAUCGCCGGAGGAGGGACUGCGGCCUGUGUUGUCGCCGCCAGACUCGCAGAAGCUGAUCCUAAACUGGUCAUUUUAGUGAUCGAGGGUGGCCCAAACAAUCACAACGAAGCCAGCGUCGUCAACCCAGCUUUCUUUUUGCAGCAUCUGCUACCCACGAGCAAGACUGUCAUAUUUUAUAAGGGAAACAAGUCCGAAAAACUCGCGGGCCGAGAGCCUAUUGUUCCUUCCGGCGGAAUGCUAGGCGGCGGUUCAUCCAUUAACUUCAUGAUGUACACAAGGGCUCAGCGUCCAGACUUUGACUCCUGGGAAACACCUGGUUGGACAGCUGACGAUUUGUGGCCUUUUCUCAACAAGCUUGAAACUUACCAUGGCCCUGGCGCCAAGGAACAUCACGGCCACGAUGGCCCAAUUCAUGUAUCAAACAGUACUUUCCGGGGCGAAAGAUCCGAGAACGACUUUCUUGAAGCUGCAAAGCAAGUUGGCUGGCCAGAGAUCAAAGACCUCCAAAACCUGGAUGCCAACAACGGAUUUCAGCGCUGGCUCAAAUACGUUUCUCCCGACGGCAAACGCCAAGAUACCGCGCACGCGUAUUUGCAUCCAAAGAUACAGGACGAUGAUUAUCCGAAUCUCCAUGUUAUUGUGGAGUCCCAGGUCCAUCGUGUGAUAUUCGAAGAGAAAAGAGCCGUCGGGGUCGAAUAUCGCCCGAACCCCAACUUCCAGGUCUCCAUCGGUUUGACGCAGACACCACUGCGCACUGUCAGGGCAAGAAAGAUGGUGAUCCUCUCGUGUGGUGCCUGUGGCACACCGCCAGUAUUGGAGAGAUCUGGUAUUGGCAGUUCAAAGAUCCUUGAGCGAGCCGGUGUUCCAGUGGUUGAACAUCUUCCCGGCGUUGGGCACGAUUACCAAGACCACCACUUGGUCCUCCACCCUUACAAAACCAGUCUCGACCCUCAUGAGACCAUUGACGGUAUACUUAGCGGUAGAGCUGACGUGGGUUCCAUGGUUGAGAAUAAUGAUCCUAUUCUCGGCUGGAAUGCCAUUGACAUUGCGGCGAAAUUACGCCCUACGGACAGUGAUGUGGCCGCUUUGGGGCCAGAAUUCCAAAGUGCAUGGGACAAAGACUUCAAAAACUCACCGGUCCGUCCUUUGAUAUUGAUGGGCAUCGUAUCAUGCUUCCUGGGCGAUCCCGCCUCCGUCCCAGUUGGCCAAUACAUCACGGCCGGAAACUAUACCGCAUACCCUUAUUCUCGAGGACAUAUGCAUAUCACUGGUCCCGGACUAGACGACCCUCUGGACUUCGAGACGGGCUUUUUCAGUGACGAGCAUGAUAUCGACCUUAAGAAGCAGAUAUGGGCCUAUAAGAAAUCUCGUGAGAUUCUGCGACGUAUGAAGACCUUCCGAGGCGAGCUCGCAAUAGGCCAUCCUCGCUUCCCGCAAGGAUCGAAGGCUGCAUGUGUUGAGACAGAUGCACCACUUGAGAAUGUCGAAAAUGUGGACUACACUCCGGAAGAUGACGCGGCUAUUGAGCAGUGGUUGCGAGAGAACGUCAACACUACAUGGCACUCGCUGGGAACAUGCAAGAUGGCACCUCGCGAGAAACUAGGCGUGGUAGAUGCCAAUUUGAGCGUUUAUGGGGUCGAAGGUCUGAAGAUUGCUGAUAUGAGCAUCCCACCCAAGAACGUGGGCGCUAACACAAACAACACUGCAUUAGUCAUCGGUGAACGAGCUGCCGACAUCUUCAUUCGGGACUUGGGCUUGAGAGCAUGA